CUUGCCUCUAAAAACUUAUUCUUAUCAAACAGCUAUGACAGAAAAAGGAACCAAAAGUAGAUUUCCAAGCUCAUUAUUAAGAGCCAGUAAUUUAGUCCGUGUAGCCAAAACAGUUGGUAUUGAUAAACAUGCCAUUGAAGACGACGUAGAAUAUCUAUUAUAUCAUUUCAUUAGUGUAGAGUAGCACUAUCUUAUAAUAUCCAUAUUUACCCUUUUUCUUUUAGCAACCGGGACAAACCCUUCAGGACUUUGAAAAUUUAUGGAACGAACUUCAUUUUAGUUUUGUUCAUUUUGCUUGUGUUCAAAGAGAGUUUCGUGAUAAUUACAUGAACACUUUUUUUUCUUGCUUCUUGGAUCACUUUAAAAGCGAUAUUGUGUCUAUUCAAUGUGCUGUUAUUUUUUCGCUUUAUUUUCUAUACAUGUCACAACCGAAUGUAUGGGGUAAAAACCGUAUUCGAGUCACUCAAGAUCUAUACACAACUUUAUUUGAAUUUUAUCAUACAUCCGUCAUGACAGAGACAAACAAUGAAGCUGCUCUUGUGUUUGAUGAACUGAGAAAAGAGGAAGCAUUUUUAUUUGUUGCAGAGGAACACAUGGACACAGAAGUGUAUCAGUCAAAAAUCGAAUUUAACAAAGCCAUUAGAAUGAAUCAAGAAUUACGCGAAUUAAAGUUGAAAAAGAUUCUUCAUGAUCCGCUCACUUUAUGCUCAAAUCUAAAAGAAUACGAGGCCAUAUCAGUUGAAUAUCAAACAGCGAAACAAAAAAUAUUUUAUACACCACAAGCAGCCUUAGCUACUCAAAGGACACUUAAAGAAAACCUAAGUGUGACAGAAAAGAGACCAAGGCUGCUACAGAAUGUGUUCCUAAGCAGUACGUUAGCACAGGAUGAAACAAAUACCUUGAAACAAAUAAAGAAGUCGAGUCAGCAAAUCCUGAAUUCCAAGCGCAGGAAACUGGAGCAGUAAUGACAUCACUCGUAGCAAUGAUUGGUUCUUUGUUUAAAUAAAGAGGCAUAAAAUUCAUC